AUGGCCGCGAACAAUAACUAUGGCACGGAGAAUGCUCCAGACCAUCACACGCCCCAACCAGAUGGGUUCACUCCGGUCGCGAAUGGGCGCAAAAACACAAAUGACGAAGAGAGCCCAUUGCUUCCGCAGUCAGACAGUCCAGACUUGAAGAAAAAUGCUUUGGUGGGUGUGGGCACUAUUAUCGCGGUUCUCUUGCUUGGCGAAUUCGUUUCCAAUGCCGAUGCCACACUGGUUAUGGCCGCUGCUGGCCACAUUUCCUCCGAAUUUAAUCGACUACGCGAUGCGAGCUGGCUCGCUACUGGAUAUAUGCUGGGUCUCUGCGCCGUACAACCGAUGUACGGCAAAUUGAGCGACAUUUUCGGUCGCAAACCUCUUCUUUUGGUAUCAUACUUCUUGUUUGGAAUUGGUUGCAUUAUAAGCGGUGUUGGUUCCCAGAUGUGGGUGGUCAUCCUUGGUCGGGCAAUCAGUGGCAUGGGAGGCGGCGGGUGCAUGACCAUCAGUUCAGUGAUUAUCACGGAUAUUGUCCCAAAGCGUGAGGUCGCCACAUGGCGAGCCUAUGUCAAUAUCUCCAUGACGCUUGGCCGCAGCAUCGGUGGUCCUUUGGGAGGAUGGCUCAGUGAUACUAUCGGUUGGCGAUGGCUUUUCCUCCUCCAAGUGCCAUUAUUUGCCAUCGCCGCUGUUCUGGUAAUCGUCAAGCUCCAUGUUGACCAAUCCUCAAGUUCAGGGAAGCGCGACACUCUAUCUCGACUUCGCCAAGUCGACUUCUUAGGAAUCGCACUUCUUGGCACAUCCAUCGUAGCCGUCACAGGCCUGCUAGACCAAGGUGGAAAGUCCUUCCCUUGGCGAUCGUGGUUGACUGUGGUUACUGGCGGUGGUGGACUCUUGCUACUAAUUGCAUUCGUCCUCGUCGAAGCGUAUGUCGCGAAAGAUCCGAUCUUCAACUUGCGCAUCCUGCGCAGACCCAAUGUGGCAGCUAGCUAUAUCAUUGCCACACUGCAAAUCACGGCACAGCUGGGCAUGUUGUUCUCGAUUCCACUGUAUUUCCAAGUAACGCAGCGCGCCUCGGUCACGGUCGCUGGUGGCCACUUGGUUCCCGCUGUGAUCGGUAACACGCUGGGUGGGCUUCUUGCCGGUGGAUUCAUUCGUCGCACCGGUCACUAUAAGGUUCUACUUGUUGUGGCGAGCUUAGUCGCGUCGGUUUCAUACGUCCUGCUCUAUCUCCGUUGGAAUGGACAUACCGGCUUCUGGGAGUCACUCGACAUCAUUCCUGGCGGCCUGGGUACUGGUAUCGCUGGAGCAGCGGCAUUCGUUGCUAUGACUGCCUCAUUACCGGCCGAAGAGGUUGCCAUGGCCACGUCUAUUUACAUGCUUCUGGUUAGCUUUGCCAUGACUGCAGGUGUCACGAUCUCGAACAGCGUCCUGGGUCUUGAAUUUCAACGGCAGCUUCGUAGCAACCUCCAUGGACCCGGCUCGGAGGUGGUUAUCAAACGCGCAAUGGCCGAUACCGAUUACAUCGCCCACCUCACUGGCCACCUCAGAGAGGUUGUGGUCGACUGCUAUCUGGCAGGCCUGAAUCACACAUAUAUUGUUUCCCUCGCUUGUUCCCUUGUUGCCGCAUUAUUUGGCUUGUUCAUUCGACACCACCAACUAUAA